CAUGGCGACGGUUGUAUGUUAGCGCAGGGCUAAGGCUAUUUCAUGGAAACGACUGGAACAGAUGAUCGCUCCCCCUGCAAUUAUAACGUUAUUAGGUUUUGUGUGAUGCCUUUUUUUCUUCAUGAGAGGUUAUCUUGACAACAUAGAGAGCCAGUAGAAGUUAUCAGCUCAGGAUAUGUCCGCCUCAGUCGCGUAUUUGGACAAAGAUAAGUAGAGAAUUUAGCGUCUUUUAUUAGGAGACUGAGGUGUAAACAACCAAAGCAACCGCCCAUCAUCGACCAGCUUUGUCCACGUUUCUUGUUGUCAUUUUUGAGGACUUUCACCUUCACAGAAAUAUUUUAACGGUCAUUGAUAGUCACACAUUUCUCGACAACACCUCUGUCCAUUUCCUUAAAUGUAUUUUAGCUUUAGCCACAAUGUUGACUGUACAUCUCAAAGGAUCCAAGACAUUAUUUGUAAACAGUUAACCCGCUUGUGCUUUUUUUCUGUUUCAUUUCAGGGCGACAUAACAGGAAUUCCUUAAUAUGAGUGAUGAUAAACCUUUCCAAUGCACUGCUCCUGGGUGUGGACAGAGAUUUACAAAUGAAGACCACUUGGCUGUCCACAAACACAAACAUGAGAUGACCCUGAAGUUUGGCCCAGCGAGAAAUGACAGUGUCAUUAUUGCUGACCAAACCCCUACACCCACCCGCUUUUUGAAGAACUGCGAAGAGGUCGGACUGUUCAAUGAACUCGCAAGCCCGUUCGACCAUGACUUCAAAAAAGCAACUGAAGAUGACAUUAAGAAGUUACCACUGGAUUUGUCACCUCUCGCAACACCUAUCAUACGCAACAAAACGGAGGCACCCACAGCUUUGGAGGCGCAUCGAGAUAGCCCUCUGCCUCACCCCGAAUCUACUACAAAUGACGACAAGGACUUAUCUUUGCAGCCAGCCUCACUGCCAGCAUCCACUAUAGUCCAUCCUGCAUCCCUCCAAGUUCCCAAUGUACUUCUAGCAACCUCAGAGGCUAAUGUUGUAAUACAGCAAGCUCUCCCAUCGCCAACAUCUAGCUCUGUUAUUACCCAAGUCCCAUCCACUAAUAGGCCUAUAGUCCCAGUGUCUGGCACCUUCCCUGUGCUCUUACAGCUGCCUAACGGUCAGACCAUGCCAGUCGCUAUACCUGCGUCUAUUACAAGCUCAAGUGUACAUAUUCCAACUACAAUCCCUCUUGUCAGACCUGUCACCGUAGUGCCUAAUGUCCCCGGGAUCCCAGGACCUCCCUCGCCACAGCCACAGCCCGCCCAAUCAGAGGCAAAGCUGAAACUGAAAGCCACGCUAAGCCAGCAGCUUCCUCAGGUAACCAAUGGAGAUGGUGGUGAAGUCCAGAGCAGUGCUGUAACUCACACUGCUGCUCCUGCUUCUCCAGCCCCGACCCCCACCCCAACUCCAGCCCCGGCCGCAGCCGUGGCCCUGACUCCAGCUCCAGUUCCUCACCUGCCCACAACUGAGGAACCUUCUCCCCAUUCCCUCCAGCAGCCAGCCACCUCCACCACAGAGACACCUGCUUCCCCUGUGCCCCCUGCCCAAAACCCUCCAAGCACAGGGGGUCGGCGGCGCAGAACCACAAGUGAAGACCCCGAUGAGAAGCGGCGCAAGUUCCUGGAGCGUAACAGGGCUGCUGCUUCUCGCUGCAGGCAGAAAAGGAAAGUGUGGGUCCAGUCCCUGGAGAAGAAGGCUGAGGACCUCAACUCCAUGAAUGGACAGCUUCAGAGUGAAGUCACCCUGCUGAGAAACGAAGUGGCUCAGCUGAAGCAGCUUCUUCUGGCUCAUAAAGAUUGCCCUGUAACCGCCAUGCAGAAGAAAUCUGGCUAUCACAUUUCUGACAAAGAGGAGAGCUGCGAGGAGAUGUCCGUCCCCGGCAGCCCCCAGAACGAGGCCAUCCAGCACAGCUCCGUCAGCACCUCCAACGGGGUCAGCUCCUCCUCCACGACCCCGGCCGUCUCCGCCCCGUCCAGCGUCGCACCCGCCGCCGCCGCCACCACCACCACGUCAAACGAGAGCACAGAGGAGGGCCUGCCGCGGAGGGGCGCCACCCAGCCUUCAGGGAGUUGAUUCAUCCCAAACCGUGCCCGAGUUUCAUCACUGGAGCGCUGUUGCCUCUUCAAUCUCUCUCACAGACAGAGGAAAGGGAUUCUCUCGCAGCUUCACUUUGGACCGUACUGUUUUUAAUUUAUUCUUUAUUGCUUUAUUUGUUUGGUCCAUUUUUGUCCUCCAUAGGCAAUGCUUUUUAAAAAUGCAAAUGUUUUCUCUGGAAUUGAUGAAGACAAAAGAAUAGGCACUUUAAGUGUAACGUGAAGAUGUAAAACACAAAAUGUUUUUUGUAUUUAUGUGUGACUUAUUUAUUAAUCUUAUAUAUUUUUUUAUUUGACAGCGAUCAGCCUGCAGGUUGAUCCGUGAAUUGUUAGAGACUUUACCAAAGUGUGUUGUUGCUCAUUUGUAAUUUGUUUUGCUUGUUUGUUUUUAUGAUUUUUAAGAAGCACUAUCUUUAUGAUGAUGUCACAUAAAGAGCUGUUACUUUUUUUUUUUUUUUUUUUUUUUAAAUAAUUUGCAUUUUCCAUUUUGCACAUUUUUUGAGAGAUGACAGGUUUACCUUUUUAGAGUUCGACAGUCCACACGUUAAGUACUGGCAGCUUUUUAGACGUAGAUUUGAAUACUGUCACAUUACACAAAUGUAAAUGGCUGAAUCUGAUUUUAAAUUUGACAACUUUUCUGUGAGUGAGAUCAGCUGUAGUUGCAUCGUGCAGUUUGAAUGUUUGAGCUUACCUCUGCCUGUAAAAUAGUCUUAAGGAGGUUGGCUGUUUAGAAAUGCGUGUUAUUUCAUUAACAUUCCAUCUGUAGUCUGAUUGUUCCUGAAGCGGUGAUUGCAGUACCUUUUCCAUUACUCAAUCAUGGUGAUGUUGACUUAAUUCAGUGCCAUUAAUGUUUUUCUAUGAAUUAUUUCCGUACAGUUUUAAUGCCGAUUAGCUUGAUUUGAUGGCUGUUCUCUCAGAUUAAGGGGUCUCAUGAACAUUAUUGCUCAGUAGAGGAAAUAUCUUGCUUUGUGUACUGUCUUUGCUUUUAUAAGUGACUGUUUAUGGCUUUAUGCAGAACACUUAGGGACAUAAUGCUGUUUUCAUCAAUUGCAAUUCUAGAUGACAUUUUUAGAAAACAUUGUAAAUAACAUCAAUGAUACAUUGUAUGUGAUCUUUCUAGGUGUUAUGUACUUUGUUUUUUUUAUAGGAUAGUCUGGAUCCUGUAGCUGAGCCCUGUUGAUCACAUGAACUCUGUUAGCAGUUAAAACCUGAAUCUUUCAAUCAUUAGGAUAGGCCUUUCAGUGACAUGUCAUGUAAAAUUAAAGCAUUCAGAUGUGAACUGGAAUCACAUGCUGCUCCGCUGUUCGACAAGUAACCUAAAGAGGUUGUAUAUUAGAGUAAACACUACUACUUGUAAGAAUUGUGAGCAUUUCAUCAUUGAAAUAAUCGUAGGAAGCAAAUCACUCCAUGAAGUCAAUUUUGCCUUUUCUCUCUUAGUCCGUACUGGCUUACUACUGUGUAGUUUUACAAGAUGCUAACAUUGUUUUCUUAAAAUAUGAUUUUUUUUAAAAUUUACUGUUAUGUGCUAUCUGCAUGAGAUAAUAAUUCUCUGCGAGAAUUUAACUGUUAAUUCGAAAAUGUCUCAGUCAGAUAAAUAUCAUUAAACAAGUUGUUUCAACUUGGUUUGUGGCUCUAAGUUUAUGAAAGCUUUGGUUAUUUGUUUUACCUUGGCUUAAUUGCUAAAAAAAAAAGGGGUGUGAUACUGUGUUGAAUGUGUACUUGUAACUUGUGAAAGUUCUGUAUAAAAUUUGAAUUGAUAAGUUGUUGUAAUAAACCUUUUAAUAUCUCUUUAAAAUCCA